CAGUUGGAAGAGAAGCCCAACUUACCUAUAACCAUCCCAUUGCUCCUCUCUCUCUCUCUCUUCUCUUACCUUCACCGUUCAAGAAAGAGAGGAGGCGAUGGGAAGGAGAAUAGCAUUUCCAUCGGAAGCCAACACGUCACUACACCCGUCACUCGUCGUCUGCCUCGUAGUUGCAUGGAUCGCAGCCGUCAUGGCCGUCGUCCUCUCCUUUUGCGCCACAUGCAACCGCAAGUCCUCGAGCAAGCAGUCUUCUCCGCGGUCGUCACCGUCGAACGAAUCCGUCGCGAAGCCUGCAGCUGAAACUACGCCUGCAGCUGCAGCGCAAGAACAAGACGAAAGCCCGGCACAAGAGAUGCAGCAGCAGAAGCAGGAGGAGAAGGAAGAGGAGCAAGUGACAGUCAUCGAGAUGGCGCCCGACGUCGCGACGCAUGGGCCCCUCCCUCCGACGGUGCUGCCGGCGUCGGCCUCGAAGCGGAAGCUUUCACUAAGCUUCGGAAAGGUGCCGGAGCGGCUGAGGACCAGCAGGAGGGAGCGGCACGGGAAGGGGAACGACUCGGAGGACUCGUUAUGGAAGAAAACCAUCAUCCUGGGCGAGAAGAACAGGAUCUCCACCGACGACGAGGAAGAGGUGGUGGACGAGAACGGGAACCGGCAGAGACACUACCACCCGAAGACGCCACGGUCGCGGCAGACUUCUCGGAACAACUCCUUCGCGCACCCCGACGAGACGCCGUCGUGAGCCACGGUCACCCGACGGGGAGUAGCCGGCGGUGAUC